CCUGUGCAGAGGCGUGGUACGGGCUCCUUGAAGGGACAAUCCCGGGCAGUGACGUUGUUAAGCCGAGUCGCUGGAACUACAACAUGCCGGAAAAAGAAAUCUCGUUUGAAGAAGAUGACUUGCAGUUUGAGGAGGAGAUCCUGCGGAAUCCGUAUUCUGUCAAGUGCUGGAUGAGAUAUAUUGAAUCCAAGGGCUCCGCACCGGCUCAUACCCUUAACCUAAUCUAUGAGAGGGCACUUAAGGAGCUUCCAGGAAGCUACAAGCUGUGGUACGCCUAUCUAAAGCAGCGCAGGAAGCAGGUGAAGAGGCGAUGCAUCACUGAUCUGGUCUUCGAGGAGGUGAAUAAUUGCCAUGAGAGAGCCCUGGUCUUCAUGCACAAGAUGCCCCGGAUUUGGCUGGAUUACUGCCAGUUCCUCGUGGACCAGUGUAAAAUUACCCGCACUAGGAGAACGUUUGACCGGGCUCUUCGUGCUCUUCCCAUUACCCAGCACUAUCGAGUCUGGCCCCUUUACUUACGCUUUGUCCGAGUGCACCCCCUACCAGAGACUGCAGUCAGGGUCUACAGGAGGUACUUGAAGCUGUGUCCUGAGAAUGCGGAGGAGUACAUACAAUAUCUACGCUCUAUUGACAGACUGGAUGAAGCGGCCUCCAGACUGGCAGGCAUUGUAAACCAAGAUGACUUUGUAUCAAAGGAAGGAAAAUCUAAUUACCAGUUAUGGCAGGAGCUGUGUACCCUACUGUGCCAGAACCCAGGAUCUGUCCGCUCCCUUGACUCAGCAGCCAUCAUUCGAGGUGGCUUGACGCGCUUUACAGAUCAGAGGGGAAAGCUGUGGUGCGCCCUUGCAGAAUAUCACACACGCAGUGGCCAUUUUGAAAAGGCUCGAGAUGUGUAUGAGGAGGCCAUUCAGACCGUCACCACUGUACGUGACUUCACCCAAGUCUUCGACAGCUACGCUCAGUUUGAAGAGAGCAUCAUUGCUGCUAAAAUGGAGACCGUCAGUGAGAUGGGAAAAGAAGAGGAGGAUGACCUGGACCUGGAGCUGAGAUUGGCUCGCUUUGAGCAGCUGAUGGAGCGGAGACCUGUUUUACUGAAUGGGGUGUUACUCCGACAGAACCCACACAAUGUUCACGAGUGGCACAAGAGGGUACAGCUCUAUCAAGGCAAGCCACGAGAGAUUAUUAACACAUUCACAGAGGCUGUCCAGACUGUGAAUCCAGCCAAGGCAACUGGGAAACCGCACACGUUAUGGGUGGCAUUCGCCAAGUUCUAUGAGGACAAUGGCCAAAUCGACGACGCUCGAGCGAUCCUGCAGAGAGCGACCCAGGUGCAGUACACACAUGUGGAUGACUUGUCCGCUGUUUGGUGUCAGUUCGGUGAGAUGGAGCUGAGACAUGAGAAUUAUGAGGAGGCGCUGUCUAUAUUAAGGAAAGCCACGGCAGUACCGGCCCGCAAGGCUGAAUAUUUUGAUGCCUCUGAGCCGGUGCAGAACAGACUCUACAAAUCCCUGAAAGUCUGGUCCAUGUUGGCCGACCUGGAGGAAAGUCUGGGGACUUUCAAGUCCACAAAGGCGGUAUACGAUCGCAUUAUCGACCUCCGCAUAGCCACGCCACAGAUCAUCAUCAACUACGCUUUCUUCUUGGAGGAACACAACUAUUUUGAAGAAAGUUUUAAGGCCUAUGAACGUGGUAUCGCCCUUUUCCGCUGGCCUAAUGUCUAUGACAUCUGGAGCACUUACCUGUCUAAGUUCAUUGCUCGGUAUGGAGGGAAGAAGCUGGAGAGAGCUCGGGACCUCUUUGAACAAGCCUUGGAUGGUUGUCCUCGAAAGUUUGCAAAAAAUAUAUUCCUGCUGUAUGCAAAACUGGAAGAAGAGCACGGUCUGGCCCGCCACGCCAUGGCUCUGUAUGAGCGAGCGACUCAGGCAGUGGAACCAGGAGAGCAGUACGAGAUGUUUAACAUUUACAUUAAGAGAGCGGCUGAAAUCUAUGGCGUUACACACACCCGCAGCAUUUAUGAGCGGGCCAUUGAGAUUUUGCAUGAUGACCAUGCCCGGGAGAUGUGUCUACGAUUUGCUGACAUGGAGUGUAAAUUAGGAGAAAUUGACCGUGGCCGAGCUGUGUAUUCCUACUGCUCUCAAAUGUGCGAUCCCCGGUUGACCUCAGGGUUUUGGCAGACCUGGAGAGAUUUUGAGGUGCGGCAUGGUAAUGAGGACACACUGCGUGAGAUGCUGCGGGUCAAGCGUAGCGUACAAGCCAAGUACAACACACAGGGGACGUUCCUUGUAUCUCAAAGGUUGAGGGCCGAAGGAGUAGGCGCUAACGAGGAAAGCAAAGAAGUCGACGAGAUGCAAGCUCUGGAGAAGAGAGCAGCCGUGGUGGCAGCUGAGGCAGAGAAGGACAAACCUCAGAUGAAGGAGAAGAUCCUCUUUGUCAGGUCUGACGCCUCCCGCACAGAGUUAGCAGAGCUGACGCUUCAGAAUAAUCCAGACGAGAUCAACAUAGGAGAUGAGGAUUCGGAAGAGGAUAUGGAGCCUGAUGAGGUGCAGCUGGAGCAGAAAUCGAUCCCUUCCUCGGUCUUCUCUGGUCUCGCCGAUGACUGAUUUCUCCCCCUCCCCCCACCACCAAUUCAGAAGCACCAAAAUAAAGACAAACGCCAAUCUUUUCAUUCUC